UUGUUGAUUAGUCAGUGCCGGGAGCGCUGCUAUGGCGUUCCUCGGACCCGCGGCUCCUCCUCACGCUGUGCUCGAGGCGGAGGCUAGGAGGGGGCCGAGGAGGAGGAGGCGGGCGGCCGGCCGCCGCAGCUGCAGAGCCGGGGCCAGGGGAGGCGGAGGCGGAGCGGGAGCCUCCGCAGCCAGUCGGGCCGCCUACAGUGCUCCCCUGGCUUGAGGGCGCGGGGCGCCAGCCAUGCCUCGGUGUGGCCGCUGAAGCCCGGCGCCGCGUCCCCGCCGCUGUGCCUCGCUGCCCGGGCUGCCCGCGGCGGGAGAGCGAAGCCGCCCGUCAGCCAGCGGUGGAGCGGGCGCGGGAGCGCGGGGCCGGAGGAGGCGGGGAAGAUGGACCCGGUGCCCUCGUUGGGCUGCAGCCUCAAGGAUGUGAAGUGGAGCCCAGUGGCUGUGCCGCUCGACCUGCUGGUCAGCACCUACCGGCUGCCCCAGAUCGCGCGGCUGGACAGCGGAGAAUGCGUGGAAGGGCUGCGAGAGAAUGACUACCUGCUGAUCCAUUCAUGCCGUCAGUGGACCACCAUCACUGCUCAUAGCCUGGAAGAAGGUCACUAUGUCAUUGGGCCAAAGAUAGAGAUCCCCGUACAUUAUGCAGGACAAUUCAAGCUGCUGGAACAAGACCGGGAUAUAAAGGAGCCGGUGCAAUAUUUCAACAGCGUGGAGGAAGUGGCCAAAGCGUUUCCUGAACGUGUGUACGUCAUGGAGGAAAUUACGUUCAACGUGAAGGUUGCGUCGGGUGAAUGCAAUGAAGACACAGAAGUUUACAACAUCACCCUGUGUACUGGGGAUGAACUCACCCUCAUGGGGCAGGCAGAAAUCCUGUAUGCGAAGACCUUCAAGGAGAAGUCGCGACUCAACACAAUUUUCAAAAAGAUUGGGAAGCUCAAUUCCAUCAGCAAGUUGGGGAAAGGUAAAAUGCCCUGCCUCAUUUGCAUGAAUCACCGGACCAAUGAAAGCAUCAGCCUUCCAUUCCAAUGCAAGGGCAGGUUUAGCACCCGAAGUCCCCUGGAACUUCAGAUGCAGGAAGGGGAGCACACCAUCCGAAACAUCGUGGAGAAGACGAGGCUCCCCGUGAAUGUGACGGUGCCCAGUCCUCCACCCAGAAACCCUUAUGACCUCCACUUCAUCAGAGAAGGACACCGCUACAAGUUUGUGAACAUCCAGACCAAGACGGUAGUGGUGUGCUGUGUUCUCCGUAACAACAAGAUCCUCCCCAUGCAUUUCCCUUUGCACUUGACGGUCCCCAAGUUCAGCCUCCCGGAACACCUGGUGAAGGGAGAGGUGUGGCCGGAAACCCUGGUCCAUCACUGGCUUGGUAUCUGCCAAGAGCAGUUUGACAUUGAUGAGUAUUCACGGGCUGUUCGUGAUGUGAAAACGGACUGGAGUGAAGACUGUAAGAGUCCCAAAAAGAGCCGUUGCUCCGGCCACAACCAUUUGCCCAAUUCCCUCAGCUAUGCCCGUGACGAGCUCACCCAGUCCUUCCACCGGCUCUCAGUCUGUGUGUACGGCAACAAUCUUCACGGCAACAGUGAGGUGAACCUCCACGGCUGCCGGGACCUCGGGGGAGAGUGGGCCCCUUUUCCUCAUGACAUCCUUCCCUAUCAAGACUCUGGUGACAGUGGGAGCGACUACCUUUUCCCGGAAGCUAGUGAGGAGUCAGCGGGCAUCCCAGGGAAGCCAGAAGUUCCCUAUGAAGAGCUAUGGCUGGAGGAAGGCAAGCCCACUCACCAGCCUCUCACUCGCUCGCUCAGUGAGAAGAGCAGAUGUGACCCCCUGAGAGGCUCCACACGAUCCAAAUGUGCAACUUCUUCUCUUCCUGCCCCUGCGACCCUGGGAGCCACAAUGAAGUCUUCAGAAAUUGUCCUACCUCCACCUCCAGUGCCUCCCAAAUCUGAAGCCGUCAGGGAAGAAUGCCGGCUCCUGAACGCCCCACCUGUUCCGCCCCGAAGUUCAAAGCCUUUGUCCACAAGUCCCUCCAUCCCUCCUCGCACAGUCAAGCCAGUUCGGCCACAGACUCGCUCUCCCAGCCCCACCCUGUCCUACUAUUCUUCAGGGCUACAUAACAUCAGCAUCACUAAAAGUGACCCAAGUCCUCCUGACAGUGCUCCCGUCUCCUGCUACCCUUGCAACCGAGUGAAAAGUGACUCUACGGACCCCAAGUCCCCGUUUGGAAGUCCUUCUGCCGAAGCUCUGGCCUCCCGACUCUCAUGGCCCAACCAUUACUCGGGAGCGUCGGAGAGCCAGACCCGGAGUGACUUUCUGCUCGACCCGAGCAGGAGCUACAGCUACCCCAGACAGAAGACACCUGGCACACCAAAGAGAAACUGCCCGGCCCCUUUUGAUUUUGAUGGCUGCGAGCUCCUAGGCAGCCCACCCAGCACAGCCUCUGCAGAAUUCAGCAGCGGCGGCGGCGUCUCCGGUUGCCCCAAGUCCGCCAGCUACUCUCUGGAGAACUCCGAGGACAACUCCCUUGCAGCUGGCAUGACCAAGCAGAGCAUCUCCUGCCCUGCCUUACCCCCAAGGGCCCCAAAGCCAGUGGAACAGAAAACCACCCCUGAAACAUCUCCUUUGCCUCUGAAAAUUGAUGGUGCUGAGGAGGACCCCACAGCAGGGUCACUGGACCUCUCAGAGGACCAGUAUUUUGUGAGAAAGGGCAUGCAGGACAUCUUCUCGGUCUCUUACCCUUUUUCAUCUCCGCUCCACCUCCAGCUGGCCCCCAGAUCCUGUGGGGACGGUUCCCCAUGGCAGCCACCUGCUGACCUGUCAGAACUCUCUAUAGAGGAAGUGUCCAAGUCUUUACGGUUCAUUGGUUUGUCUGAAGACGUCAUAGCCUUCUUUGUCACUGAAAAGAUCGAUGGGAAUUUGCUUGUUCAGUUAACGGAAGAAAUCCUCUCAGAGGAUUUCAAACUAAGCAAACUGCAGGUGAAGAAAAUAAUGCAAUUUAUUAAUGGCUGGAGGCCCAAGAUAUAGCCAAAUAGUGUGUGACAGAGCUGAGAAACGUGGGCUAGAAGGGGUGGGCUAGGACACAAAUCCACGUUUUUGCACUAAAAAAAAAAAAAAGACAAAAACACAAACGCCCUUCUCUGUAAAUAGAGAUAGAGAAAGUCUUACUAUGCAGAUUCCGUUUCUGAAUGGUGAACAGGCUAUUUUGUACAUCAGUAAAGAUGCUGUACAGAACACUUAGAGGUGUGCCUUGUACGUCACUCAACACUCAACAGCUGCUAAAAGAACUAAAGUCCUAUUCAGAGAACUCUUUUUCACCCCGGUAGGUUUUCAAGAAGGCAUGGUAUUUAUUACAAAACAGCCAAAGCUGAAAGACACGAACACUUGUGAGCAGUCCGCUCCCUCGGGGAGGUGACGUCCGACAGUUAAUUGUACUCUGCGGCUUGCUUUGCUUCAUGCCAACUGUUUAACUCUUGUGCCUGACAAUGUUAGUGGUGUGAAAUGACACUUUCAUGUUCUAUGCUUGGUGGAGAUCUUUUUAUCAAAAGGCAUUUUCCAAAAAUCAUGUUUUGAUGGAGGAUGUCUUUUAUCCUUCGAAAUGAUACAAAUCAUGGCCGUUACAUUUGAUUUGUAACUGCUGCUAGUUUUAUUGAGCAGAGGAAAAAAAAUAGGUAUGUAUGUGUGUAUAUGCAGCACACAGAGAUACGUGUAAAUGUAAUUUUUGAAUCUGAUGUUUUAAACGCCAUCCGUUUACUUUCUAAUAUCCAUUGAGGUGGAGGGGCCUUUAACUGAGUGGAUUCUCUUGAGAACAGUUGGCAGAAUGACUCCAGAGAGUCUCAGACCCUGAACUCUGAAGCUCCGCCCCAUAGGCUCCACCCCUGGGAACUCAGAAGCGAUCAGUCAAGAGUCCGUUGAAGAGUUUAUGUGAUUUUCAAGCCCAUGCGAGCGCUGAUUCCUGCAUACCCAUGCUGACGCUUGGGGAGAUGACGGCUGCUUUGGAACUAUCAUCCUGUCCUCCCGCGUGUCCCUCCA